AUCUCCGUUAUCUCCGUUAAUAUACUUAACUCCGUUCCAUCUUCUUCUUUCUCUUUCUUGCUUUUUUUUUUUUUUUCUUUUCUCUCUCUCUUUACGUUUCUGUUGCUCCAAUCUGACCUUCUAAUUCCAGCAAGAUCCAUGGUAUCAGACAGGCUAGCAACUCGUGGAGCUGGAGGUGGCGGUGGCCGUCGUGGUAGUGGUUUUCUUGGUGGCGGCAGUGGUGGUGGUGGUGGUGGUGGAGGAGGAGGAGUCUAGAACCCAGCUCGGGUUCUCCACCGAGAGAGCUGGAGCAAAAAAAAAAAAAUUUUUUCAGAUCUGAUAAAAAAUUUCAGAACCC